CAGCAACAUAACGUCAUGUUGGUUGGGGAUGGAAAGGGCGUAACGGUCAUUGUUGGUGAUAAGAAUUUUGUUGAUGGCUCGACCACUUAUGGGACUGCCACCGUUGGCGCCAUGGGAGACGGAUUUAUAGCUCGAGACAUUACAUUUGUGAACUCUGCGGGCCCGGAAAAACACCAAGCUGUUGCCCUUCGUGUUGGUUCCGACAAGUCGGUGAUUUUCCGAUGCUCCAUCCUCGGUUACCAAGACACCCUCUACACUCUCUCCAAACGCCAGUUCUAUAGAGAAACCGAUAUCUAUGGUACAGUAGAUUUCAUAUUCGGCAACUCCGCGGCCGUCUUCCAAAGCUGUGGAAUAUACGUGAGGAAGCCUCCGUCAGGGCGCGACAACUUCAUCACAGCACAAGGUCGGAGCAGCUCAGAUGAAAACACCGGCAUUUCGAUCCAUAACUGUAAGAUAGCAGCAGCAUCCGACCUCGCUCCUGUGCCGUCGAAGUUUGCUACGUAUCUUGGAAGGCCAUGGAAGCAGCAUUCGAGGACGGUAAUCAUGCAGUCGUCUCUUGGUGGGUUAAUUCACCCAGCAGGAUGGUCGCCAUGGUCGGGGUCUUUUGCCUUGAAUACACUGUAUUAUGGGGAAUAAAUGAACUCAGGGCCUGGUGCCUCCACUUCUGGUAGGGUUAAGUGGCCUGGCUACCAUUCUUCUCUCACAUCUGCUGAAGCUCAGACUUUUACCGUCGCCGGUUUAUCGCCGGAAAUCUUUGGUUGCCCUCCACCGGGGGGUCUUUUGAUUCAGGACUUCUUGGAUGAACCAUGUCAUUGAUAGCAGGCCUAGCUAGCCACCUUUCAAGUGUUCAUAUCUAUUCAAAAGCCAAGUGUAUGUUGCUAGCCGGAAAACAUGAUCCGGUCCCUAGCUAUAUUUGCCAAUAUCUCAUUAAUUACAAAUAAGUUGUUAAUUAGUUUGCAUUUUCUUUCUAUUUUCUAAGCAACUUCGAAAAAUCAGGAAUAAAAAGAAGUUGGUGUAUGCAUGUAUAUAUACAUAUCGUGUUUAAUUGUAUAAAAAGGAUUUCAGAAUCUA